AUGACAUGGACACUGCGGUUGCCUGCCACAUUCCAUACGUUCAUAUCAAUGAGAUGCUGGGUGCUCUUCUGCAUCCUGAACCUGGCUGCAGCACUGACUCUCCAUGAUUCCUCGGACGUAGAAGCAGAGGUCAACCCCUCGGGCAAGGUGAUGCCGAGGAGACAUAUCAUGCGCACUGACAGAUCAGCUCUGAUGGAGGCUUCUGUUGCCUCGGACGGCAUCGUCAGGUCGCAUGCGAUAGCCAAUACUUCCACAACAGACUCACCCUCUACUACAACUACAUCCGAAGAAGAAAAGACUACUUCUAGUGCCACAACCACGGAGACGGAUGAUGAAGAGACUACAUCCGAUGCAUCCACAUCCAAGCGUUCAACGACAGAGGAUCAAACAAGCACUGCUGAGGAAUCCGAUGUGUCCACAUCGACAACAAAGGCUAGGCGAACCACCACUACUGAGGAGGUUUAUGAGGAAGAGGAGACCACAUCUGUCACGGACGAGUCUACAUCGAGCCGAGAAUCGCGCUCCAAGACCACAUCGCCUGGCUCCACUACCACCACCGAGGAAUUUGAGGAGGAGGGGACGACUUCAAAAGGACGAACCACGACAACAGAGUCCACGACAGAUGCCGAAACGAGUACAACGGCUGCUUCCACAACCGAAGCAAGCUCUACAGAAGCCUUCGGCGAAGAAGAAUCAACGACAUCACAAGCAACCACCAGUCGGUCAACGACGACCACCCAGGAGAGCACGACAUCGAGUUCGCAGGGGGACGAAAUAGCUGAAGACCUGGGCUCAGAGGAAGUCUCGUCUACGGAAAGUAGUUCCACUACGACGACAGAGGCAGAGGCGGCAAGUACAUCGCCCUCCACCUCUUUCCGAGCUACGACCAAGUCCUCGACAAGUCGGUCGACGACCUCCGUGACCACUCAGCCGGUAUACUCCACCACAAGCUUGGUGAGCAAUACAAGUACGGCAGCUGUCAGCACAAGUGAGUCCACAUCCAUGACCACCACGUCGAGGGCCACGACAUCUGAGGAGCUUACAACACCAAGCACUGUGACAUCAACUACUUUGACCUCAACGAGUACGACCACAUCAACCACUUCUUCCUCCUCUGCCUCUACCAACUCCACAACUCCAGUCGCCACCUCUUCCUCAACUUCAACAUCGACGACCUCGCCCACAACAUCGUCGACGCGAACCUCGACAACAGAAGAACCCUUUUCCACAACACAGAUGUCCACGACCAGCAAUCGGCUGCUCGCAGUGAAUGGCACAUCUGGGGAGCCAAGUGUCAUGACCUUACAAAAGGGAGGUGCCUUUGGAUCUUCGAGCAAUGCCUUGACUUUGGAAGCUGCAUCGCUGGCCUGCGCAGCAGUUCGAAGCAAGCUUUGCACGACUGCUCAAGUGGAGGCUUCCUGGCCAAAGUUCAAGGAGACGCAGCGGCGAGGAUCCUUUGCAGCUUGGAUAUCGAGCUCUGAUGGAUGUGUUGUCCAAGUCUCAGAUGCAGCCUCUUUGAGCUGCGGACACAGUGCAGCGUCAUCGUUUGAUGCCCUCUGCUGCAAAGAAGAGGUCGCGACGACAAGCAUGACGACAACAGAACUGUCCAUUCUCCCUAUCCACAUCACCAAGAAGCCGGGUGAGCUACCGUUCCAGGAUUCAGAAGCCUCGACUACGUGGAUGCUGGAGAAGUACGAGACCCCGGUAAACGAUACUGCAAGCACAGCGACCUCGCCAGAAGUCCCAAGUACAUCGAGCACAACGACUUCAACAACCUUGCCCACAACGACGACAAACACAUCCACCACCACAACCUUCACGAGUACAACUGAAACCACGACGACCACGACGUCCACGACCACCGCAACGCUGCCCCCGUGCGUGUACACAGAUUGGAAUGAAUGGACAGACUGCUAUCCUUUCUGUGAAGGCACGCGAGUAAGAAUGCGGCGAACGAACAUGGGAGCUCAGAUCAAUGAUCACUGCCUCGGGUGGUUUGAGGAGGCCAAUUGCAGCAACCUGUGCGUGGACUGCAAAUGGGAUGACUGGCAGGAUUGGUCGGACACCUGUCCCGAUCAGAGCGUUCAUCAGCAAGGAACCCGGACGAGGAUUCGCGACAACACACCACAGAAAGGCGGAGGACAGCACUGUGAGGGUGACUCCAUGGAGACGGAGAAAUGCCCCAUUGACUGCUACUUCACGGAUUGGUCGGACUGGUCAUCAUGCCCACCAUGUUCAACCUCAGCCGUGUCGGUCAGCACCCGCCAGAUGGUAGAGGCUCAAAACGGAGGACUUCCAUGCUUCGAGACGCAUAAGGAACAGACCAAGAAGGAGAAGAUAUGUUUCGAUCCUACUUGUCGAAGUCCUUGUACAUGGGAUGACUGGAGGGAAUGGUCGGUCUGUACAGCCACGUGUGGAGCUGGGGGCACACGCCAGCGGCAGAGGAACUAUCGUCCGUCCUCAACGCCAGGAGUUCACUGCAGAGGUGUUGACAGAGAUCAGCAGGACUGCAGUCUACCACCAUGUCCGACCACUUCGACCUCAACAACGAAGACUUCAACUACUACAUCAACAUCCACGGCAACAGAGACAUCCACUACGACAACAACAUCGAUUACAACGACCUCCACCACAAUUACACAGACAGAGACAACAACCACAACGACAUUGACAACGACAACGACUGCCACUGCGACCGAAACCACUACCGUGACAACAACCACCAUCACGGGCACCUCGACUACAACGACCUUGACCAAAACGGAUACGACCACGACUGUCACUACAACCAAGACAACGACAACCGUUACAACCACGGACACGACCACAACUGGAACCACAACCUCAACGACCACAACUGUCACCACGACACCUGCGAUAAGUGAUGCACCAGUGUUUGCGACUGGAAAUGUCAGCGGAUUGGCUGGGCUUCCCUUCAGCAAUGCAUCAAACGGGACCUCUGACUCCCUGGGCAGCGCUCUGGCUCCAAUGGCGGAAAGUGCCACCACAGACUCCCCUACCACCACCACUGUCACAGUGACUACCACUACGACCACCGCCACAACUACCAGCACGACGUCGACGUCCACUGGUACCAGCACGACGACAACAAACACAAAAACGUCGACAACAGAAACAAGUGCGAGCAUCGUCUCCAGCAGCAUUGCAGCUGCAUCGACGACACAACCGUCCAAAUCAGCCAAGGCAGAUGACAUCAAUAGCACCGCAGCAUCCAUGGAGAUCUUGGAUAAGCUAGGCGAGGCUGGUGUGCUUAACAAGUCAGGUGGCCUUCCUUUCACUCCGAAGAGCGGAGAAAACAGCACGGAAGCAGUCAUACAGACCAUUGUUGGCGCCCUGGAGAAUCGCUUGAGCGCCAAGCCUGCAGCUCCCGCAGCUCCCUGCAACCUCAGCAAGGCGCUGAAGGAGGCAGAGGUGGCAAAAGUCGAAGCAGCCAAGGAGGCGAACGUGGCGACAGCGACUCUGACAACUCCUCCUGCGAGCACCUCUGUGGAGCUCCUCCGGUCGGGUGAUAUGCUCAUCAAGCGUGGAGAUGAGGUCGAAGUCGUCAAGGCUGCCGUGCCCAACGUCACGAAGUCUGAUAGCACGACGCAGCCGUACCCCGCACAGAGCAUGCUGGAGACGCACAGCGCGUUGAGUGGUGUUCACCCAGUUGAGCCUUAG